GCCCUGCGGGGAUCUUCGCUGAGAAACUCGGGGGAAGCGGGCCCAGGCCUCGCCUCCUUCCAGCCACACCCACCCUAGCCGCGCCGCUCGGUUCCUUUCAGCGCCGGAGUCCUGAGGCGGCGUCAGCCCCAACUUUUGCCUAACUUUUUUUCCCCCUCUUCCCCGGCCGCGCGGCUCUACGUUUCCGCUCCGAGCUCGGCUUCUAGUCCGCCAUGAGGGUGUCGCGCACGCUCCGCGCAGCGCGGUAGUUCCCCGAACUCGUCCCGCUUCCUAGCUCCGGAGCCCCCAUGGAGUACCUCACCACCUUCACGGGCAAGAGCGGCCGUCUGCUGAGGGGAACCGCCAACCGCCUCUGGGGCGCCGUCCCCGGCGCGGGGAGCCUCCGCCAAGUCCACUUCCAGGAUUCCCAACACGACGGGACGCCCUCGCCGCCCGAUACCGGCCAGAAGAAGACUAUAGACAAGAAAGAUGGGAGACGCAUGUCUUUUCAAAAGCCAAAGGGAACUAUUGAGUAUAUUGUGGAGUCAAGAGAUUCUUUGAAUACUGUGGCCUUGAAGUUUGAUACUACGCCUAAUGAAUUGGUGCAGUUAAACAAGCUGUUUUCCAGAGCAGUUGUUCCUGGACAGGUUUUAUAUGUUCCUGAUCCAGAGUAUCUUUCCAGUGUGGAGAGUUCCCCCUCACUUAGUCCUGAAAGUCCUUUGUCACCUACAUCUUCAGAAGCUGAAGCUGAGAAGACAGCUGAUUCAGAUGGGGCCCAAAAGAAAGAAACAGCAGCCAUACCAGCAUAUCCCUGUGUUCGGUCUACAAGGGUUGUGUCAUCCACGUCAGAAGAGGAGGAAGCUUUCACAGAAAAAUUUCUCAAGAUCAAUUGUAAAUACAUUACAAGUAAUAAGGGAACUGUCACCGGUGUGCUCCUAGUGACACCAAACAAUAUAAUGUUUGAUCCACAUAAAACAGAUCCAUUGGUUCAACAAAAUGGCUGUGAAGAGUAUGGCAUCAUGUGUCCAAUGGAAGAAGUGAUGUCAGCUGCUAUGUAUAAAGAUGCAGAUGUCAAAAUACAGGAUUCGUUACCCAUUGAUGUAGGUCAGUUAUCUGUAAAAGAUCUCUGCCACUUCAAGAAAAUUACCAGAAGUAAUACUGAUGAAAUGGAAUUAAGAAUGAGAGAUACAGGAAAUGAUAGUGCCAGUACUGCUCCAAGGAGUACAGAAGAAUCUCUGUCAGAAGAUGUUUUCACGGAGUCAGAACUGUCUCCUAUACGAGAAGAGCUUCUGGAUGACCUUCGACAAGACAAAUCUUCUGGAGCGUCAUCUGAAUCGGUCCAGACAGUAAACCACACUGGCGGAGAAUCUGUAAAGGAUAUUUCAGACUCUGUUAAUACUAUUGGGGAUGUAAACUCCAGUGGAGAACAGCCUUUGGAUGAUGGCAGUACUUCUGUUAAUGAUACUGUGGACUCGAAAGCAGUGGAGGAAGCAAUAAAAAUUCAGAAUAUUGUAGAAGGAUCUAUUUCUGAUGCUGAAGCACAACAUGGAACAUGUCAGGAACCUGUAGAAGGAAAUGUACCAGAGGAUGAGCAGCAUUUGGAUUCUGAAAAAACUGAUUCUCAGAAAGAGGUCACAAAUGAAGGGGAAACUGUGAAAUUGCCAACUCAAGGUUCUGAGACAGAUACAGAGACGCUGCGGACGCUUUGGAAGACCCAUACUAUGCAACAAACCAAACAGCAGAGGGAUACCAUCCACCAGGAAGUGCAUAAAGAAAUGAAACACAAAAUGGCAACAGUUGAUGGAACCGUAGAAGGCCCUCUAAUAAAAGAGAAGAGAAGACAUCGGUUAUACAAGUUCUUGUGUCUUAAAGUGGGCAAGCCAAUGCGAAAAACGUUUGUAUCACAAGCAAGCGCAUUGAUGCAGCAAUAUGCACAAAGAGAUAAGAAGCAUGAAUAUUGGUUUGCUGUGCCAUCAGAAAGGACUGAACAUCUGUAUGCAUUUUUUGUUCAGUGGAGUCCAGAAUUAUAUACAGAAGAUACGGGAGAAUCAAAUAGAGAGCCAGGAUUUAUCGUAGUAAAAAAAAUUGAAACACAGGCGGGUGAAGAUUCAGUUGAUGAUGAAACAGCUAUUAAGGACUGGGAGGUAGUGUCAGUGGCUGAGUAUCUCCGCAGAAUCGAUGCUCUAAAUAAUGAAGAACUACGUACACUCUGCCAACGUCUCAAGAUUACUACAAGAGAAGAUACAUGUUCAAAGCAAGAAACAACUAUCAAAACCGAACUGGAGCCUGAAGCAUUUCGGCCAAAUCUUAGUGAUCCCAGUGAACUGUUACAGUCGGAUGAAAUUGAAAAGCUGACAAAACAGCUCCCUCCUCGAACUAUUGGCUAUCCAUGGACUCUUGUCUUCAGUACUGCAAAGCAUGGCAUGAGCUUGAAGACUUUGUACAGAACUAUGGCAGGAUUAGACACACCCGUGCUGCUGGUUAUCAAAGACAGCGAUGGACAGGUAUGGAAAUUGCAAUGGCCACUUUUUCUUUCCUUCGCGCCCCACUUUCCCCAUAACAAUUCUUAAAUUUAGCUAAGACAA